AUGGGCAAGACUGCACUCAUCAUCGUCGACGUCCAGGGCGACUUCCUCCCGCCCGACGGGUCCCUCAUGGUCCCUGCCGGCCUCCUUGUCGCCCCCACCAUCCUUGACCUCCUCAAAGACCAGAAGUACAACUGGGACUAUGUCGUCGUCUCCCAGGACUACCACCCCACCGGACACAUCUCGUUCGCAUCCAGCCAUCCCGGCCACAAGGUCUUUUCCGAUAUCGAACUCAAGGACGGUCGCGGUAUUCUGUACGAGCAGAAGCUCUGGCCCGACCACUGUGUACAGGGUACCAAGGGGUGUGAGAUUGCGCCCGAGCUCGUUGCCAAGCUUUCCAAACGUGGCGACACCGUCAAGCUUGUCCGUAAGGGCUGGCACAAGGACGUCGAGGCGUACUCGGCGUUCGACGGCUACAUGACCGACUUCAACAACCCCGCCGACCCUCCCACCGAGAUCGACUACCAGCCUCAGCGCAAGAUUGUCCAGUGGCUCCGUGAGCAAGGCGUGACCAAGGUCGUUGUGACCGGGCUCGCGGCUGAGCUUUGCGUCUCGCACACGGCCCUUUCGGCCGUUGCCUCGCGUUUCCAGACGGCCGUUCUCCAGCCCGCCACCCGUGCUCUGGAGGACCGUGAUGCCGAGGAACAGUGGGACAAGCUCUGUGCGGUCGGUGCGCGUGUCAUUGGGCGUUCGAACCGUCCCCGCACGUUGCGGUGGGAGGACGAGCUCAAGCAGUGGCUCGCGGCCGAGGACGCCGGCGCCUGGCCCGACUGGAAGAAGAAGAACGGCUCGGCUUGA